AUGCGCAAAACCAGUUCAGAAGAACGACGGGACAGUGGGUAUGUGGACAGUAAGGGCAAUGUCAUCAAUCAGGCGCCGCACAAGGCAUUGCCCGUAGAGCACACGCCCACGCCUAAUCUGUUAGGCACACCGGGACCCUUGUCACACCCGGAAACCCCAGACUCUCAACUGUCGGAAGCGGCAUUCUGGAGGCGGAAUAUGGGCGGAGGUGGCGGACAGUCAUUUGGGGACAUGCACACACAAGCAAUGCUGCAGACACAGCAGCAAGCACAGACACAGUCACUCUCACAAGCACAGGCCAUUGCAUACGCAAACUACCCCACACAAUCCCAAACAGCGCCGGGGUAUUCACAGCAGACGUCGUUGGGCUCAACACUCCCCUCGAGCGCCAACAGUGGGCAGCAGCACGUCAACAUCUUCAAUUAUGCCUCGGUCAACGAUCCCAUGAACGCACAGCUGUACGACUCGCGGCAGAGCCUCUCGCAACAGGGCAAUGCGCAUGCGCCAAUGGGGACAUCAAACCCUCUGAUGGGGACACAGCAGCAGCCGUCUAUCAGCAGUGGGAGGAUACACUCUGUGGACAGAAGCGUCUACUCGGCUAAUAAUGCUGGUGUGAAGGAUGCGCGCUCGCCAGUCUCAACCAGCGGCAGCAGUGCGGCAGGGAUAGGUGGCAUGACCUUCAUAGGACUACAACAACAACACGGGCUAAACCAGCAGCUGCACCCAUCGCAUCAGACACUGCAGCAACUGCAGCAGAACACCAAUGACCAGCAGCAACGCGACAAUCUACAACAAACCCUGAAUAUUCUGCAGCAGCAAAACAAUAGCAAUCUUCAUAAUCAGCAACACAGUAAUCCGAACUCAAACCCUGGGAGCACGCACAACAGCCUGGGUCAAGGGCAGCUCGGCGGUGCGGGUGCUAACGGCUCGCCCUUCAGUCUUGUCAACGGCGACGGUAGCGAACAACUGGCAGGCGGUGAGCUGCUCAACACUCAGGGCGGUUAUGGCUACCUCUCCUCGACUAAGAGCGCCACACCUAACUUCGACACACUUAACACACGGCCGUCACCCGGCACUCUUCCCUACGCGUCUAUCUAUGAUGUGGGCGAUAGCAAGUUCGGUCUACUCAACAACGAGUUUUCAGAUGACCCAUACAAGCGCCUUUGGAACCAGAAUGAGGUGCAGUCGGCAGUAAGUAAUCAAAGUCAGUCGUCGUCCCGAAAACGAGACCACGAAGACGAAAGCGUUGAGGAUGAAUUGUACCGGUCCAUCAUGCAGACCAAGAAGGGCAAAAUGGAUGUGAGUCAGCUCCUGGCGAACAACAGCUUCAAUCAGGAUUCUAUCAUGAACGCCAUCAGCGCGUGUAAUUCGGAGGAACUUCGGGAUCUACACCAUAUAUUGCAGAAGCAAAUGGAUGAUGUUGUUGCGCAGGUGCCUCAGCAACGGAACGAGGCGCACCUUCAGAACACUCUGCCCUCACAACACACAACCACCGCACACCAUCCACCACCUCACCCGCAGACGCGUGUGACGUUCGACGGUCAUGUGGGGAAUCAGGCGUUUGCCGAGCUAGAGGCUACGUUAACAACCAACAGCUUACCGACUAUGCCCGCGGUGCCCACGAUCAAUAGCAUUCCAUCUGUGAUAUCCAUGCCAUCCCACUCUACCAUUCAUAGCGGCACAAACCAACCUUCCAAAUUUUCGCCAGUUCACAGUUUUGAGAAUGCAGCCGCUGGUGUGAUGUCAGUGCAAGCACAGGAACACCAACGGAAUAUGUUCCACCAACAAGCAGCGCUUCAGCAGCAAUUUGCACUGCAGCAGCAGCAGCAACAUCAACAUCAACAGAAUGUAUUACAGCAACAACAAGCCCUGCAACAACAACAGCAGGCCCUACAGCAGCAACAAGCACUCCAACGGCGGCAGGAGGAGCAGCAGCAGCGACAACAACAUCUGCAGAAUCACCUCAAACGACAGCAAGUUCAACUACAGAACCAGUUGCAGCAGCAACAGACUGACCUGUACAAUGGGCCUAUGUUGAACACCCUGGGCUUCAGUAACCAGACGGGUGGCACGAAUCAAUCGCCGCAACAGAACCAGAUAUACCACCACCAGCAACAACUCACGCAGCAGCAGCAGUUGCUAAAUAACUAUAUGAGCGGCGCAGGUCGCGAUUCUCUGGCGACAGUAAGUGGAGCGCAGCAGACGGGAACCCAAGAGUCGCCGGGUGAUACCCAGGCACGUGCUCUGCCAACGGACGAUGCAGCAUCAUCAACAUCAUUCAAUGCAAGCAAAAGUACCAACAACUCCGACCAACACAACGGCACACCCGGCAUAGACAGGACGCGCAUGGAGAGUCAGUGCCGCAGCGAGGGCGAGUGUGCGCCGCUGAGUGGAUAUCAUGAGGCGCGUGUGGUGCAGACACGUGGACUCGACACAGGGGCCGUGACGGCUGAAGUGUUGCUGGUCCCACGCCACGCGGAACUCACGCGCAUCAUCCCAUACACGGAAGACCACGACGGCAUCCAGACGCCCAAGGGAUCGCACUCCACGUUCCGCGAAGAGCACAAGCCUCAGAACAACUAUGGCCACGCCGAGCGGAUAUCGAGCGACCCGAAUGCGCCUCCCGGAUACCCGUCAUCACCACACACACUGUCCAACCGAGGCAUUGUGACUAAUUCUAAUCUAUCGAUUGAUAUCCGGCGAGACAAUGCGGGCGAUAAUGGGGUGGUAGUUGACAACCGUGAUGGGGCGGGUGUUUAUGAGCACAACACCGACCCUGACGCAGAGACAGAGACGGACAGUGACAUGGACGUGGACUCAACUGCCGCUGCAGAUGGCAUCGCCCUCAGAGCGAAGGCGGCAACAGCGGUCACCAUCAAGAUAAAGGACCUUGGUCAUGCCACCAGCGAGGUCAAGAUUAGUCGGAAGGCUGAUAAGGAUACGGGUGGCAGUGGAGAAAGCGGGAAUGGACGUGACAGUGGUAUCGUUACAAACCAAGGCGCAUUGAAUGAGUACGUGCGCGGCUCAGAUGCUGAUGAUGAGGAUAUGCAUGGCACAGGAGACGCUAGCGACGAUGGCCGAAACAAUCGCAAACACGGCAGCUCAAGUGAUUAUGAAGUGGUCGAGCGCAGACAGCUUGAGAGAGGCAACGGUCGUGCCGCCAUGCAGGACCGUAGGAAUAAGUUGGGCGAGCGUCUCAGCUUGCCGCAGGUGAAGCCACAUGCACCGGCUUCUGGUGCUGAGUCACCUGUACUGUCAGAUACGGCAACAGCCACAGCUGCACCCGACACCUUGGAGUCAACUGACAGGUGCGCAGCUACACCAACACCAGGCCCACUGCAGCAGCACCCGAAUGCACACGAGAAAACAGCGGUGCAGUCAUCAGAGGAGCAGGAGGCCAAGGAGGCGUUACACAAGCAUACAUCGCCAGAGGUGCCUGACAGAGACGAUGAGAAAACACCACAGAGGAAUGACACGGUCGACUCAGACAAGGGGACACCCACUAAUGCCGAUGCAAAAGAUGCAACCGCGCAUGCCGUGGGCGCGGAUGGCACGCAUUCACAAGUUGGCGCUGCAGGUAAGGACAGUGGCAGGUACGAUCCAGAAGAGGUUUACUACGAACACCUCGAGGACCCGCAGGAUAUGCAUGAAGUUAUCGAUCCACAGGCUACAACACACAUAGCCGACACUCCCUACUCGCGCGAGACAUUGGCAGGAGCGCUCUCAAAUGCUCUGAGUGACCUUGCAAGCGAUGCGCCAGACACUCCGUACGAGGGCCACUCAGAGACGCCUGUGCAUUCUGACGGUACCGCACACACCACCCCCUCAGCCAAUGGCAACAGUCACGAGGGGGCAGCGGAGAUGGAGCAGCAGGUGGUUGAGCAGCAACAGGCAAUAGCAGAGCUCAAGCUCAAGCUGUCCCAGUUUGAGCAGAUUGCAGCCAGCAAGGUACGCGCACACCAACUGCACAUUGAGCAGCAGGAGCUGCAGCGCCAGCAACAGGAGCAACAGCUCUUGCGCCAGGCACAACAGGACGCACAGCUGCAGCAACAACAGCUGCAACUGCAGCAGUUGACCCAGCAACUGCAACAGACCAUAGCACAGCAACAACUGCAACAGCAGCAACUGCAAGCGCAGCCCAGCAUGGCGCAACCGUUGGGGCCUAUGCUUGGUUAUGCGCCCCCCCCACCACCGCCCAUGGCCGUCCAGCUGCCGCCACUCGGCGUUGCUACUGCCGGGGCUGGUCUGUUACCCGCCGAGUUGCAUGAACUGUCUCUGCCGGGCGAUUUAGUUCCGUCCGACAUGAUUGCUAAUGAGAAGCCGAUAGGGUCUAUGCAGCCGAAUAUGCAUUUGCCCCCGUCGCAACAUACACAGACGUUCGCUACUCAUAAGAAGGCGCUAAUGCCGGCCCCACUGGCUGUGCCUUUGACCGCCGGGAUGCGGUUACAGCAUUCUUCUGUACCCCCUACAGCACCCCGCACAGCAUCGCCCCCAGGGCACGUACAGCCGAUGUACGCACCGGUGUCGGGUCAUACGCAUGCUCAGGAAAGCAUCGGAGGCCGUCGUGUGGGCUUGGAGAUGGGUAUGGCUGUGGCCGGACUAACCAGCUAUGGGGCAGGUAUGCCACCACCAGGUGGUGCUCCUCCUCCGCCUUCGACUGCCACUCAACCUGCAUUUGUACCGUUAUACACUGAGGAAAGAGCACAACACUUGUCGUUGGCAGAUGAAGGAUUUGCAUCAGAUGUGGCUGAAAAGACAAAACAGGCCUUGGUACAGUCACGAGAACCAGGCCAGGUGCCUUCCGAACCUGCCAUGUCCGAAGAAGGACCGGUAGCGGCGGUGCACAAUCUAGCGAUGACAUCGAUGCCAACUCGCUCAUUGGUGCACGAGCCGUCUGCGCCUAUGGUAUUCCAGUCAAUGCCCAUACACGAUAGCACUCCGCUUGCACAAGUUCUGCCGAAGCACGAUAAGAAUGAGCACAAGGACAAUAACAAUGCACUUGGCGACAUAGGGUCUGGUGCAUCUGCAGGCAGAGGCGGAAAGCAAGAUCGCGCGGCUGCACCCUCACGGAGAAGGCGAUUUUCAAUACCCGAUACUGGCUUUAGUGGCGGCGUGGAAAGUGGUGCGCUCGGCGGUGUCGCUGAUGUUGUUGACAACGGCAAGUAUGACGCUUCGGAUGAAUACGAUCUCACAAUCGAAGACUCGUAUGAUGGGGCAGGUGAUAGAGCGGAGAGGACCUCAGUGGAGACGAGCACAAUGGACAAGAAAUCAAAGAAGAAGACUGGGUUCGCUCUUCGUAAGAGUAGCAGCAAGGGCACAGACAAGGAGACUGAAUCGAAUAUGUCUGACCGAGCGAAGAAGGAGCAUACAGGAGUCGAUUAUGAUAGGUCGGAGUUCAAAAUGCUAUCUGGUGUUGAACUACAUAGUGAUGAAGGUACGGGUAUAAACGACUAUAUGAAGGACUCACAGCAAAUACCGGAUGGUGCACCGGCCGCUUCCAAGAGAUCAAGUGUGUCGGGUAUUGGCACGAGUGUAAGUGGUCUUGGUGCGAGAGUGAGUGGCACACUCAAGAAGAUGUUCAGCUCUGGUUCCAGGAAGUACACCUCCUCCGGUUUUUCAUCAUCUCCACCUCUGAUGGAGGGCCAAUCUGAAUCCAAGGCACAAGCAGAAGAGCACCAAGGUAUGCCAUGGGAGGCAUUAUUCGAUGUGCAGUCACCAUCCGAAGCUGAUGUAGAACCGCUGGGAGCCUUAGAGGCUGUUGGUAGUGAACCUGAUGAGGCGGCAGAGGCGGGAUACAGUGCAUCGGCAGAAUCCAGUGCGGACGAGAGCGAGCAGCUCAAGUCUAGCUUCAAGACAUCAGAGGCAACCGGUAGCAAUACUGUCUCGUUUGACAGCACACUUCAGCAAGAGCCUGUCGAUUCAGAGGAGGAGUCAUCCAGCGGUGCAGAUUACGGUGUCGACGAUGUGUACAAACGCGUGUUAAGCGAAAAAAUGCAUUGUCACGUGGGUGCAAACGAUGUCAAGCAACUGCAGAGCGAGCUCACGAACGGCAGCGAAGUCACCUCUGAUACCGAGGACGAUGCCAUCGAUCAGCAAUAUGACGUAGGGAAAUCACCUCGAAAAGCAGUAGAUGAUAUUAGUCCUGAAACUCCAGAUUCGAGUGUACAAAAUCACACACAUUCGGAGGACGAACAGGCAGUAGACGAGGUCACGGAACGCUUGGCGGAAUUAUCUUACAACGAGUCGCCAAUUAAGGAAGCGGAGGUGGUUGAGGAGGGCAUCAGUCAGCAAUCCGCCAUGUCUGUGCAAGGAACAGAGGACAGAGUUGCAAAGUCGAGUGAUAAUGAAGAGCCUGUGUACGGUAGCGACAUCACGGUUCAUCACCGAAAUGAUGCAGACCGAAAUGAUGCAGACCGAAAACAUGCAGCGAGUGUCGAAGAGAGCAGAGCACGUGCGACCGACAGUGCGUUCGGAGUGUCAGAUGGGAGUGGUGAGGGUGAUACUUUGGAAGAAACCACUGACCUGCAUGUGGAUGGACUUACACAGGACAUGUACAAGAUGGGCAUUUCAGCCGGCACUCAGCUGGAGGAUAAGAUUGUAUCAGCGCCAGGUACCAAGGCAUCUUUAGACUCACUUCAACCACCCACACAUGACCUGGUGGCCCUGUCGCAAAAAGAUGAGGUGAACGAGGAUAGCCCUGAUGUAUCCGAGGAUUGUGUGCAGAUGAGCACCUUGCACAACAAGUCGGACGGGCAUACCACGGUGGAGAGUGCUGAACACUUCGAGCAGUUGAGGAAGAAAUACUUGGCGUUGCGAUUGCUCAUGAGCAGUAUAGACAAGGCACAGGCUCAGAAAGAAGUGGAGGAGAAGGCAUAUCAUCAUAUCUCUGAAUCGUGCAGUUAGCAGAAAAAUGUCUUGAAUGGACUGUGUGAUAGUGUAGUGGUGAGGAUACGCGUUCGCCGCCUGCUCUAUAAAAUAGCUCUUCAAUCAUAGGAUUGAUAUUGGAGCAUGUUUGGAUGUACGUGUUACCGCUACUACAUAAAAUUAGUAGAUUGAUUAAGGGAUUUAUAUAUAUACAGGUAUGAACAUACUCUCGAAGUGUGCGCGUAUGUAAUUUAGGAAUAUAUUAAAUGGAUUGACCAUUCACA